AUGGAUAGUAUUGCAAGUGAACUUCAACGGAUGUCUAUUAAGAAGAAGGCGUUGAGUAUUGUGUUUAUUGGCCACGUAGAUGCUGGCAAGUCAACAAUCGGCGGACAAAUUCUCUACUUGUCCGGUCGAAUAGAUAAGCGGACUUUGGAUAAGUUUGAAAAAGAGUCACGGGAGAAGAAUCGAGAGAGCUGGUAUCUCUCCUGGGCUUUAGAUAGUAAUCCGGAAGAGCGUGAGAAAGGAAAAACAACAGAAGUAGGGUAUGCUUCUUUUGAUCUGGCUAAUUAUACUGUGCAGAUUCUUGAUGCACCAGGCCAUAAGGUUUAUGUGCCCAAUAUGAUUCUGGGAGUUAAUCAGGCGGAUGUAGCCGUACUGGUCAUCUCAGCACGACAGAACGAGUUUGAAUCUGGGUUUGAAAAAGGCGGUCAGACUAGAGAGCAUAUCUACUUGGCUAAAGCUUCAGGUAUUGCGCAAAUAUGCGUACUGGUGAACAAAAUGGACGAUCCUACGGUUAAUUGGUCAAGUGAUCGUUAUAAUCAUAUUGUUAAGUCAACUAAGAAGAUGCUGCAAUCUUUGUUUGGGAAAGAUAAUGUGACUUACAUCCCGAUUAGUGGAUUUUUAGGUCUGGGUAUUGAUAAGCCUUUAGAUAGUAAUGUUUGUCCCUGGUACCAAGGUCCUUCUUUCUUUACUUAUCUUGAUACGAUUUCUAUGCCUCGUGAUACGGAAGCUCCUUUAUUUGCCCAAGUAACUGAUGUUAUGAAAGAUAUGGGUUCUUUAUCUGUCUUUUUAAGAGUUGAGCGCGGGAUCUUAAAUAAGACCACGGUUAAAGUCUCACCUGGUGAUCGUAAGCUUAAGAUCACUUCUAUUAGUAAAGAGGAAGAAGAAGUACCUGAUGCCCAUCCAGGUGAAACCGUGCGUAUUAAGUUCCGAGAAGCUGAAGAAGUCCAGGCUGGUGAUAUGAUCACUGCGUUAGAAUAUACGAAUGUUUCUGAUUCUAACUACUUUAUGGCCCAACUUAGUAUUCUGGAUGCCACGACCUUAAUUAGCAAAGGCUACUCGGCCGUUAUGCAUAUGGGUGCUCGCACGGUUCCAAUCACUAUUGGUGAACUCUAUAAGAAAGAGAAUGAUAAGAUUCACAAGGUUAAAUUCGCUAAAACUGGAGAUAAGCUGGUGGCGGAAAUCUUAGUUCCACAAGUCAUUCCUCUGGAAGUUCAUGCUCCCAGCCGUCGCACGGGUAUUUUCACUCUCCGUGACGAGUCACGCACCGUUGGUUUCGGUAAAGUCCUUAAAAUAAAGACUCGUAGAGAGCACCCUUAA